AUGUCUAGCAAUCGAGGCUUGGUGAUUGGUGGCACCGCCGUCGCUGGCGGCAUUGGCUACUACCUGUACAGAGCCGGCGGCAACCCGAAGGUCGCAGAGAGGGAGGCUGAACGCGACGUGACGAAGCUUAGGGGCGGUGCCGCAGGCACGAAGGACGAGGCAAAGGCCGAGUUCAAGCUCCACGCCGAGGAGGUCGGGCAGAAGCUUGAUUCCGCUCUCGAGAAAGCGAAGGCCGAAACGCACAAGCUCGACGCAAAGCUUGAGAACUACCGCGCCACUGCCGAGAAGAAGAUUGAUGAGUACACGAAGGAGGCUGGGAAGGAGCUGCACACUGCUGUGGACACGUUCGACAAGAAGGUGACGGAGACUGCUGCGAAGUCCAAGGGCUAUUUCUCAAGCUGGUUCGGCGGAAAAUAG